AUGUCCGAUAGUGAAAGUUAUUAUCAAAAUUCAACUACUAAUCAACCUAUUCCUAGAUCUGAUGAAGUAUUGGAUGAUCAUAGAAAUCAAAUCACUAAUGAUUGUGCCAUUAGUGAUAGUGAAGAUGAGUUGGAAUUAAAACCAGAAUUAGAAUCAGAAGUUGUAAAAAGCGAAAAACAACAACAACAACAUCAUCAAGAGAUUACAUCAGAUAAUGCUAAACCAUUGACUCGUAAAUCUGGUUCUUCAAUUAAGAAAAAAUCUAAUCUUACCGAUAAAGAUAGAAUUACCAACCCUAUGAGUUUAUCUGGUGGUGAUGAUACUAUUAACAGCGGUCACAAAAAUCGUAAUUAUAACAUGAGUUCAUUACGUAAAGAUUUUUAUUUAAAAGAUAAUACUGACGACAAUUCUACUAAUAAUCAUACUCAUCUUGCAAUUCCAAUUCCAAUUCCAAUUCCAACCCCAAUUAUUACUAAUGCUAAUAAAUCAAGAAGAAAAUCUCAAUUGGAAAAUUUACCUCCAUUAAUUAAAAAGAAAACUAUUGGUCGUAAUAAUUCUAAUAAUUUUGAAAAUGAUUUAGUUAGUCCCAUGACAAAAAUGAAAACUAAUGAUAGUGAAGAUAUUACUAAUACUACUAGCACCACUGCUAAUCAUAUGAAACUUGGUAUUGGUGCUACAACCCUUGGUGUUGGAACUGGUACUACCGCCACUGCCACUGCCACUGCUACUGCUGGUGGUGGUGGUAGAAGACCAUCUCGUUCAUCUAUUGAUAGUGAAGCUGAUUCUCAUGCAUCAAGAUCAUCUCAAGAAACUGAAGAAGAUGUUUGUUUUCCUAUGGUUGGUGAUCAUAUUAGAGUUAAUGGAAUUGAUUUUGAUGAAAUUGAUGAAUUUAUUAGAGAAGAAAGAGAAGAAGCUUAUUUACAAAAACAAAUGAUUGCUAAAAAUAUUCUGCGUAUUGAUGAAUUUCAAAAUCUUUCCAAAACUAAUACUACUAGUGGUGCAUCUCGUCAUCCAUAUCAUCAUCACAGUAAUAAUAAUAAAAAAAAUAAUGGUGGUGAUGGUAGUAGUGGUUCUAGUAUGGCAGCAUUAAAAUAUACUCCAAAAAAUAUUUUAAAGAAAACAUUAUCAAGAUUUGAAUUUACUCAUGAAAAUUCUUCAUCUUCAGAAGAAAUUUAUGAAUUGAAGACUAAACAACAACCACCUUACAAAUAUGAUGAUCAAUUAUCAUUAACUUCAUCUACAUCUUCUACUUCUGGAUCUGGAUCUGGGCAGGUGAAAUUUGGUGGAGCAAGAAUUUCUGAUGGGAUUAAUGGAGGUUCAUUACCUGAUAGAUUUUCACUUUUCCAUUCUGAAUCAGAAGAAACUAUUCAUGCCCCCGAUAUUCCAUCAUUAGUAUCACCAGGUCAAUCUGUUCGAGAUUUAUUUAGAAAUGGUGAAGAAACUUGGUGGUUAGAUUGUACUUGUCCUACUGAUUCGGAAAUGAAAAUGUUGGCCAAAGCAUUUGGUAUUCAUCCUUUAACUGCCGAAGAUAUUCGAAUGCAAGAAACUCGUGAAAAAGUUGAAUUAUUUAAAAGUUAUUAUUUUGUUUGUUUCCAUACUUUUGAAGCUGAUAAAGAAUCUGAAGAUUAUUUAGAACCGAUAAAUGUUUAUAUUGUUGUUUUCCAUGAUGGUAUAUUAACGUUCCAUUUUUCACCAAUUUCUCAUCCAGCAAAUGUUAGAAGAAGAGUUCGUCAAUUGAGAGAUUAUGUCGAUGUUAGUGCUGAUUGGUUAUGUUAUGCCUUAAUCGAUGAAAUUACCGAUGGUUUUGCCCCCGUGAUUCAUGGAAUUGAAUAUGAAGCUGAUGCCAUUGAAGAUGCCGUUUUCACUGCUAGAGAUACUGAUUUUAGUAGUAUGUUACAAAGAAUUGGUGAAUCAAGAAGAAAAGUCAUGACUUUAAUGAGAUUAUUAUCAGGUAAAGCUGAUGUCAUUAAAAUGUUUGCUAAAAGAUGUCAAGAAGAAGCUAAUUCUUCUUCUGGUUAUUAUCAACGUCAAUAUAACUUACAACAACAACAACAACAACAGGCCCCACCACCACCACCACCUAACCCUAUUAUUACUUCACCAAUUAAUUCAACUUUGAAUCUUAAUAGUUUAGGAACUUCAACUGGUGGAGGAGUAGGAGUAGGAGGAAUUAAUUUUGGUCCCAAUCCAACUGGAAAUAAUACUAAUACUAAUACUAACACUACUGGUUCACCUUCACCACCUCAACAACAACAACAUGGUAUCACUAACAAAUCUUUCCCCAUCCCUGAUGCACGUCCAAGAGCUGAUAUUGCAUUAUAUUUAGGUGAUAUUCAAGAUCAUAUAAUCACCAUGUUUCAAAAUUUAUUAGCCUAUGAAAAAAUUUUCAGUCGUUCACAUUCAAAUUAUUUAGCUCAAUUACAAGUUGAAUCAUUCAAUUCCAAUAAUAAAAUCACCGAAAUGUUUUCUAAAAUUACUUUGAUUGGGACAAUGUUAGUUCCAUUAAAUUUAGUCACGGGACUUUUUGGUAUGAAUGUAAGAGUCCCUGGUGAAGGUGGGAAAAAUUUAGGUUGGUUUUUCGGAAUUGUUGGAGUAUUAAUAUUUAUAAUUAUUGGAUCAUUUAUAUUUGCUCAAUGGUGGUUGAAAAAAUUGAAUAAUUCAAUUGAAGGACAAAAUAAUGGUAAUCGACCAAUUUUUAAUCAUUCAUCAAGAAGAUCAAUUAGAAGUUUAGGUUUAAAAAAACAUGGUGGUAAUAAAUCAAUUAUUAGUUUCCCCAAUAAAUAUGAAUAA